CUGCGCAAGAACAGCUGGUGCCUCCGAAGGCGGCCGGCGAGCUGAGGGGCUGGGGUGCUGGUGGCCGCCCGCGCCACGCUGCGGGAGCUGCCGCCGCCGCCGCCUCGCACCGUCGCACCAUGUCCGGCCAGCUGGAGCGUUGCGAGCGCGAGUGGCACGAGCUGGAGGGAGAAUUUCAGGAAUUGCAGGAAACCCACAGGAUCUACAAGCAGAAGCUGGAGGAGCUGACCUCACUCCAGACUUUGUGUAGCGGCUCCAUCAACAAGCAGAAGACGCGCCUGAAGGACUUGAAGCACACACUCCAGAGGUACAAGAACCAUGCCAGUCGGGAGGAGGCAGAGCUCAUUCAGCAGAUGAGCGCCAACAUCAAGGAGCGGCAGAACAUCUUCUUCGACAUGGAGGCCUACCUGCCCAAGAAGAAUGGGCUCUACUUAAAUCUGGUCCUUGGCAAUGUGAAUGUGACCCUUCUCAGCAACCAGGCCAAAUUUGCUUACAAGGAUGAGUAUGAGAAGUUCAAGCUCUACCUGACCAUCAUCCUGCUCCUGGGCGCUGUGGCAUGUCGAUUUGUCCUCCAUUACAGGGUGACGGACGAAGUUUUUAACUUCCUGCUGGUGUGGUAUUACUGCACCCUGACAAUUCGGGAGAGUAUUCUCAUCAGCAAUGGCUCAAGAAUUAAAGGCUGGUGGGUGUCUCACCACUAUGUGUCCACGUUCCUCUCUGGAGUGAUGCUGACCUGGCCCAACGGACUAAUUUAUCAGAAGUUUCGUAAUCAGUUUUUAGCAUUUUCCAUUUUUCAGAGCUGUGUCCAGUUCCUGCAAUAUUAUUACCAGAGGGGCUGCCUCUACAGGCUUCGUGCCCUGGGGGAAAGGAAUCAUCUGGACCUCACCGUGGAAGGAUUCCAGUCCUGGAUGUGGCGGGGCCUCACCUUCCUCCUGCCUUUCCUGUUCUGUGGCCAUUUCUGGCAGCUCUACAAUGCCGUCACGUUGUUUGAGCUCUCCAGCCACGAGGAAUGCAGAGAAUGGCAGGUGUUCGUGUUGGCGCUCACGUUCCUUGUCCUCUUCCUGGGCAAUUUCCUGACCACACUCAAAGUCGUGCACGCGAAACUUCAGAAGAACAGAAACAAGGGGAAGAAGCUGUGAGCCAAGGGACCCGUGCGUCCCCUCUCCCCCCCGCCCCGCCAGCCUCCGGGGUUCAAGACUGCGGGGGGUUCCAGCUGGCACGAUUUCUCCCCACGGUGUCUGUGGCUACUGCCAGCAGCCGGCUCAGGGGCCAGCGCGGGGCUGGGGGAGGGCGGGGAGGGGGCAAGGCCCCGGUCCCCGGCAGACAAGGGCACUGUGACCCCUGCCUGUCUGCACGGCGUUCGCCUGCCCCAGCCUCCCUGUUUAUGACGUAUUACUACGGGCUCCUCCCGACUGCCCUAGAACCUGCAGUCUUCCCUCGCUGCCGUCUUGGCUGCGGCUGAGCCUGGGUCAGUCUUCCUGGGGUGGGGGUGGGGGGGCCUAAAGCCUCAGGGAGCCCCUCAGGUUGAGGUCUGGGGUGCCCACCGGCUACUUCGUGAUCCCCAGCGGGCGGAAGGAUACCCCUCGGCGGCCUGUGGGGCCUCCCGCCUCGGGGCACACCGCUUCUGCUGUAAGCUCUCCACGCUGCUCCGCGGUGGGGCUAUUUAAGUUCUCGGAGAACCACUGUCUGUCUGUGCCUUCUGCUCUUUGCGCUCCCCGAGUCUCCAGCCUGUGCGCUACGUGCGCACAGCUGCCCGCCCUCCCCGACGGCGUGGCCCCUGGGGUGGGCCCGAGGCGGGACGGUUUGCAGUGACCACCAGAGGACGCCCCAGCCUCGGCAUCCCUUGGGUGGUUUGAGGGGGGUUUUUUGUUUGGUUUUUUUUUUUUUUGACACUUGAGUUUGGCUUCCUGACCCCCACCCCUCAGCCCACUUCCCGGAAUUCUUGCACUGAGUUCUCAGAGAGUGGGUCUUCAGCGCUGGCUGAGACUUAAGGCAUCAUGUAGCUUGCCCACCCUCCCCGCCUUCCUCCCUUCCCCUCAGGUUCUGGAAUGUGGUGGGGAGAGUCUGAGCAGGCUCCCUUCCAGGAGGUGGCACCCGGGAGGCCAGGACAAGACUGCUGGUCACCUUGUGUCCGAUUCUGUAUUUGUGGGAGGGUGAAGAAGCUAGCAGAUUUGGUUGAAUGUUCCGCCCCUGCUCCAUACACCAGCUGCAGCCUUUCUCCCACACGUGGGUCUCAGCUACCCUUAACUACCUCCCUACAAAUCCCCUCUGACCAGAGUUCACAGCCCGUGUCCAUAGCCAUGCUUUGGCCCCCAGAGGAGUUGAAGCUUUCUUAAUUGUUAAUUUUUAAAAAAAAAAAUAUGAAAUUUCCCUUCCACCCCAGUAAGAGUCGACAUAAAAACCCAGAUUUCUACCUUCCCUAGAAAAAUGGAAAGCUCUUGGCUGGGCUGAGCUGCCUGCCUGGGAUGGGGUGCUUGCUUCCUAGUGUGCCGCAGACCCCACCACUCCCUUUUAUACCUGCCCUCUUUCCCU